AUGGUUGCCUCUAAAGUUCGCCCAGUAAAACCUCAGCCAACCAGCCAGCGAAUCUCAGAAUGGAAGAAGAAAAUUGAUCAAAAGUUCCUAUACAGAAAUCUUGAACUAAAAAGGCGCAUGCAUGAUAAGGAAUAUGCAUCAAAGAAUGAAUUAGACAACUUAAUUGAUGAGUAUCUAGAAGUCCUUAAGAAUUUUAUACCAAAAUCUCGAGAAAAUCUAGGAACUGAAG